ACCAUACAAGAUACACUAUACAACAUGUGGUAGCCCUAAUCGAUGCUUCGGGAUCUGUCAUCGGUCAUCUUUGCCGGGCAGAGUCACCCUGCAGGCGUCAUCAAACCCUGCAGUAUAAUGGCGUGCGACAGUCAUCAUGACCGGUGAGCGUUAAGCUUACAAUGCUGACCGGAAAAGACGAGAUCAAGACUCGGUUAAAGCAGAUCCUAUGUUUUAGGACUCUCUCUCCCACUUCUGAUUUCUCUUCAAUCUUUGAGGCACCCCUCUUUCUUUUAUUCUAUCUAUAAUUUCCCUCUCGAAUCUUCAAAGAUGGCAUCUACUUCUACUUCCAGCAGCAGCUUAGCAGCAAAGGAACCCUUCGUGAGCUCUGAGCCCGAAGAGACCCCCGCCGAGAACACCCAAACCACAGUUUCAGAAGGAUCCUUCCUCGCCUGCUCCCAAGUCCUAGUCAGUCACCUUAUCGUGGUCAAUGGCUUCGGCUACUUCUCCUCCUUCGGCAUCUUUCAAUCACACUGGAUUGAUACUCUCGACCGUUCGAAUUCUGACAUCUCAUGGGUUGGAUCACUCUCGCUCUUUUUACUGUUCUUCCUGGGUACCCUUUCGGGUCCGAUUAUGGAUCGGGGGUAUUUGCGUCACCUACUUGUAGCUGGCUGCGGAUUUCAGAUAUUGGGCGUGUUUACCACCUCGGCUGUCUCGCAGUAUUGGCAGCUUGUGCUUUCGCAGGGCAUUGUGCAGGGCAUUGGAAAUGGCUUGCUAUUCACGCCGUGUAUCGCACUUGUGUCGACAUAUUUCACAAAGCGACGAGCUUUUGCGCUCAGUCUGGCUGCUUGCGGGGCACCGGUUGGAGGUGUCGUUUUCCCUAUUAUCGCGCAACAGCUGUCGCCGAAGAUCGGAUAUCCCUGGGCGAUUCGGGUGAUGGGCUUCAUUAUUAUAUUAGACUCGGUGCUCAUCGUUCUCCUGGCCCGGCCACGGCAGUUUAAGCGUACCAAGGGGCCUUUGGUCGAUCCGAAAGCAUUCAAGGAGCCGACGUACCUUUUCUUUGCCAUUGGGAUCUUCUUCACCCUCUGGGGUGUUUAUAUCGCUUAUUUCUACACGACCACCUUCGGCAAGGAAAUAAUUGGCAUCUCCGAGAAUGGCUCCCUCACCCUCCUCAUGAUCCUCAACGCCGUCGGCGUUCCAGGCCGGAUUAUCCCUUCUCUCUUAGCAGACAACUACUUCGGAACCUUCAAUACCCUUCUUCCAUUUGUCUGCGCCGUUUCCGUCCUUCUAUACGGCUGGAUUGGCGUAGAUUCCACGGGCGGUUUCUAUGGCUUCGUUGUAAUAUACGGUAUCUGCGCGAAUGCCGUGCAGACACUCUUCCCAUCUGCAUUGUCUCAGCUUACCACAGAUCUGAGUAAGGUCGCUUCCCGCGUUGGAAUGGUGUUUACGGUGGGAAGCUUUGCUUGUCUUACGGGACCGCCGAUUGCAGGGGUGUUGAUCAGUAAGAAGGGUGGUGAUUAUUUGUGGGCACAGUUAUUUGGGGGUACUUCUGUUAUUCUUGGGUUUGUGCUUUUGUCUGUGGCGAGGUGGGCGAAGGGGUGGUCUUGAUGUGUAUUCUGCAUAGACUGGUGUGCUUGGUAUGGACUGUGGAUUUGUUUUUGUGAUGUUUGGUAUUAUCUUAUUGGAAAAGCGUUGCAUUGCAUAGAAUAGAAUGUUCUCAACAUG